UAAUAAUAGCGAGCAUCCUUUCAGUUCUUCAGUUCUGUAAUGGUGUUUUAUUAAAUCCACCCGCUCCAAACGGAUGAAAACUCAGAACAUUUUUUUAAGGAUAAAGAAAAUAAAAGGAAGAGGUAUUGGUAUUGAAAUUGGAGUUUUGCAGAGCAGAUGCAAAAAAGCUAAGCAGAGAUUGGAUAGGUUGAGGACUAAGGAGUCUGCAAGAUACAAAAGUAGCAGUGAAGAAAAGAGGAGAAAAUUAGAGUAAGGAAGAAAGAAUCAUCGAAUCGAAUUCAAUAAUUCAAUCACUGCGAAGAAAAUGGCAGCGAAUAUAGCGUGUUGCGGGGCACAGUUCUCUCUGUACCUGUUGCUGAUCGUUGGUCUGGUGUGCUUCGCCGGCCUGAUGGCGGGUCUUACUCUGGGUCUCAUGUCUCUCGGCCUCGUCGACCUCGAAGUCCUCAUCAAGUCUGGCCGUCCCAAGGACCGCAUCUACGCCGCAAAAAUAUUUCCUGUUGUUAAGAGGCAGCAUCUCUUACUAUGUACGCUGUUGAUUGGAAACUCCUUGGCAAUGGAGGCUCUCCCUUUUUUCUUGGAUGCGCUUGUACCUCCUUGGGCAGCCAUAUUUAUCUCAGUGACUUUGAUCCUCAUGUUUGGAGAGAUACUGCCACAGGCAGUUCGUAUGUGUUAUGGCAUGGCGGUGGGAGCAACAUUGGCACCCCUUGUCCGUGUUCUUCUUUUGCUGUUCUUCCCCGUCGCUUACCCAAUUAGUAAGCUUCUGGAUUGGAUGUUGGGUGAGGGGCAUGCUGUCCUUUUACGGAGAGCAGAGCUUAAGAUAUUUAUGGAUUUUCAUGGGAACAAGGCUGGAAAAGGUGGAGACUUAACGCAUGAUGAGACUACCAUAAUUGCUGGUGCUCUUGAAUUGACAGAAAAGACUGCAAAGGAUGCCAUGACCCCCAUUUCCAAAGCAUUCUCCCUGGAUCUAGAUGAUACCCUUGAUUCGUGGGUUUAUGGUCCCCUUUAUAAUCCAUUUUACCAUUUUAGCUAUUUUCUUUUAUAUCUUAAGCUUAUAGUUUUUCUUCCCCUUCUCAGGGGGACAUUGAAUGUGAUAAUGACGAAGGGUCAUAGUAGAGUUCCUAUUUACGUGUGGAAUCCAACUAAUAUAAUUGGACUUAUCCUGGUAAAAAAUCUGUUGACAGUUGACCCAAAAGAUGCAGUUCCUUUGAGAAAAAUGAUCAUAAGAAAAAUUCCAAGGGUUUCAGAAAACAUGCCUCUUUAUGGUAUUCUGAAUGAAUUUCAGAAGGGUCACAGCCACAUAGCUGUUGUAGCGAAGGAACUUAAUGAGACAAAAGAGACUCCCAAGAAAAUUAGAGAGGUGCAAAAUAUGGAGAUUAAGGUGAACAAUAAGAAGAUGAGUGCCCCACCUGAUACAACAAUGUUAAAUGAAGGAUCGCUUAGGGACAGGUUUCAGUUGUUAUGCCGUAUUCUCAUUCUGGAAUUUCCUUUCUGUACCAAGUUCAAGAUGAGAAGAUGGAAAGAAGCCAUCAUCCAUGGCUUUGUCACAGACAUGAACGCUUCUUAGUCGGGGAGAGAAAUAUGAAGCAAAACUGGAACCUUCAAAUUCAUUCGAUUGACUCAACUUUUGAUCUAGAACUUCUCAUUAAGGCAAAACUGUUGAAUGCUGGGUUCAAUUAUCCAGACCAUUCUGCGUGAGAUAUACUGCCGAAAAGGGAGUACUGCCUCAUUCUAUUCUCUGUUCUGACUUGAUAUUUCUCUUUUUUGGGUUUUUUCUGGUUUCUAAGCUAUUUCUUCACUACUAAUCAGUCUCCACUUUAUGAAACUCUUAUUUGCACUUCUUAUUCUUCUUGUUCUCCCAAGAAAACCAUCUCUCAGAAUCACUUAACCAUUGUUAUAUUUGUACAUAUAUAUAUAUAUAUAUAUAUGCCUGCAUGUAGUUAUGUAUGCUUGUUUUCAUUUUCUAUUAAAGUCUCAGCAUUUAAGCCUCACUAUCUAAGUGGCACUGACACUUGUUUCUAUACUUUUAUCAUUCUUGCUGGUUAUAGGCCCUACUUCUGGGACCAAAAACUAGGGGCUAAAUGAGAUUCAUGUGUUUUUCCCAGGUAUAGCAAAGAAGGAUGGUGAUCAGAAGUUAACGAAUUGUCGUGCAGCUAUUCCAGGCUUAAAGAAGUGGCAUAGAGGUUGUUCACAUUGCAUCCUGGAUCUCGAUAACGCUCCACUUCCAGAAAUCCCACCCAAUCA